CAUGAUUGGCGAAUCUAUCAUAAUUGGAAGAUAGAUCUCUUCAUUCCUGGGUCGCAAGGAUCCGAAUCCUUCCCAAUUUGCCGUGUGCUGAAGGCGGCGGGUAGUGGAGAACGGACCUAAACCGUCAUCCUACAAUCACAUGGAACUCCACGCUUUGUGGACGCCAAGAAUCCGAAACUGAAUCCUGACGUCCGUAAAGCCCAUCAAAAAUUCCUGCCAUCCAAAUAAAUGGUGGAUCAUGCCACCAUCACCAUCAUUCAUCCAACCCUCUCCAAGGCACCAAAGCCAGCUCUCCAAGCUCCUCAAGUCAUGCACCCAAACCUCCCACCUCCACCAAAUCCAUGCCCGCAUGAUCAAGACCGGCCUCAACCUCCUCCCCUUCCCCACCAGCAAACUCCUCGCCGCCGCCGCCCUCCUCGACGCCACCCACGCCCGCUCCAUCUUCGACCGCAUCCACACCCCCAACCUCUUCAACUACAACACCCUCCUCCGAGCCUACUCCAUUGCACCCAACCCAGCCGUAGAGGAAGCCCUGCCUCUGUUCAAGUCCGUCAAAGCCCAAGAGAUUCCUCUGGACCAGUUCUCCUUUAUCUCCACCCUUAAGUUAUGUGCCCGGUGUUUCGCUCUCGAGACCGGCCGGCAACUCCAUGGAUCCAUCCUUAGGUCUGGAUUCCAGCUUUACCUCACCGUAAGGAACAUCCUUAUCCAUUUCUACUGCGCUUGUGGCGGGAUAGCACAGGCUCAUCAGUUGUUCGAUGAAAUGCCUCAGAGAAGAGAUGCGGUCUCCUGGAGUGCGCUCAUGGGCGGGUAUCUCCAGAUAUCGCAGCCUGGAAAGGUGAUGGGUUUGUUCAGGGAAAUGCAUGCCAGUGGUUAUGAGAUCAAUGCUGCUUCGAUUGUUGGUGCUCUUUCGGCCUCUUCCGAUGCUUGUGGUCGUGGAGGUGAAUUGUUGCAUGGGUAUUGCAUGAAGGUUGGGCUUUGUUCGGACUUGAAUGUGGCCACGGCAAUUGUGACGAUGUACGUGAGAACUGGAUGCAUGGGUGCUGCGAGACAGGUCUUCGACGUGAUACCGAGAAGGGAUUUGGUUGUGUACAACUGCAUGGUGGAUGGAUAUGCUAAAGGAGGACUUGUGGAUGAAUCCUUGGCUUUGGUCCAGCAGAUGAAGUAUGAAGGCGUGAGGCCAAAUGCUGCCACCUGCGUAGGAUUGCUUUCGGCUUGUGCCUCCUCUGGAGCUCUGGUAAUAGGCCGGCAUAUCCAUGAGCAUGUCAAAGAGGAGUGUCUGGAAUUGGAUGCUGCUCUUGGAACUGCAUUUGUGGAUCUGUAUUCGAAAUGUGGAUGCCUUGAGAAGGCAGUUGAAGUUUUUGAUAGGAUGCGACAUAGAGAUGUGAAAGCAUGGACAAGUAUGAUCUUGGGUUUCGGAGUUAAUGGCCGGGCAGCAGAUGCUCUCCAACUCUUCUAUGAGAUGGAAGAGAAAGGAGUGAAGCCAAAUGAAGUCACCUUCUUGGCAGUUCUGAGUGGUUGUAGUCAUGGAGGACUGGUGGAGGCAGGGAAGGAAUUGUUCGAGAGAAUGGUUCAGGAAUAUGGGCUAUCACCAAGGGUAGAGCACUAUGGAUGUAUGGUUGAUCUCUUGGGUAGGGCAGGGUUGUUGGGAGAGGCAUAUGAGCUUAUAAAGAGCCUUCCUUUGAAAGAGGAUGCAGUAGCAUGGAGAGCUUUACUUGCAGCAUGCAAAAUCCAUGGAAAUAUCGAGCUUGGAGAAAUGGCACAACAGGCUUUGGUAGCACUCUGGGAUGAGCAACUGACAGACUCGAUCCUUCUAUCCAGAACCUAUGCCCUUGCGGGGCGGUGGGUGGAUGUCGCACGAGUGAGGGAUUUAGAGGGAGAGAAGAUGAUGGACAAGAAGGAACCUGGAUGCAGCUUAAUUGAGAUAGGUGAUUAGAAUGUGGAGCAUACUGCGAACUUAGCAAGUGUGCUGAAUCUCUUUUGAAAGCAUUUGUUGAGAUUGAAAUGCUGAUGGAUUCCUCUGGCAGAAAAAAAAGUCAAGCCUACAACACAUCUGUAGGCUCUUGGGAGGAAGACAGGGAUCGCUGAUCAACAGGCAUGAGUUAAAGGAAUUGUUCGUCAUGAGCAGAGGAAGUUAAGCAACAACCAUAAGUCGAUACUGAUUGUUCAAUAGUCUUGGCAUCCAAAAGGAACAAGAAUAGACAAGCUAUGCUGUUCUUUAACUUAUCAAUUGACAUGGCACCCAACUGAUAAUGCUCUACACUAUAAGCUCCAAGAAUAAUUUGCAUAUGUAUUCAUUGCUUAGAAGAAUCUUUUUCUUCUCUUUCAGUUGUUCCAUUAUAAGCAUACUUGUUGGCAGAUCUAUUUCCCCAAAAAUAAAGGAAAAGAAAAACUUUUCUAUGUGUC